AUGCUCAGGAGAUUAUUGCAGGUGAUGGUGCUGCUGAUAAACCGGUGUUAUAUUACAAUACAAAUCACAAUUCCUGUUUCACAACUCCUGUUGUGGGUUUUAAGGAGUGCUUGGGCGGUCCUGCCCCAGUUAGUACAGCGCAGGCAGAGCAGCUCAGGCACAGGGGUGGCGGGAGCAUCGCCGGCCCGGGCUCCUGGGGCAUCGGGGCACCCACAGCCUCCCUGCGUCCCAGACUGGAGGAUCUUUGCUGGGUUUCUGCAGGCGGGACCACGUCAGAGCUGGAUGAACAUGGAUUUAGCCUCCGAGCGACUGAAUGGCAGAGGUCCCAGCACAAGACGCAAAGCCUCCACGGCUCUGGAGUCCUUCAAGCGGAUUGGCAUCCCCAUCCUGGCAGCAGUGUUCAGCCUCGCCUGCCUGGUUAUGGUCGGGUUCUUGAUCAAGGUUUACCUGGACUACCACUACUUCUUCUGCAAACAGCCCCUGAAGCUGGUGCUGCUGCGGCAGGUGUGUGAUGGGCAAAUGGACUGUCUGCAGGGCGAGGACGAGGCCAGCUGUCCCCAGUGGGUCCCUGAGGGGCCACCAGCUGGGGCCCGUGUUUCCAAAGACAGAUCCAUCCUGCAGGUGCUUAACAGAAACACUGGAGCCUGGUCCUGCAUCUGCCACGACCACUUCAACCUGGUGCUGGCAAAAGCAGCCUGUGAGCAAAUGGGCUAUAGGAGCACCCCCACUUUCUGGCCAGUGGAGGCAGACGCAGGGCAGCCCCUGCCUCCCCGUGAACUCAUGCUGAGCAACGGCAGCCUCCAGAUGCCUGACCCAGGCAGGAAAUGCUUCUCUGGAUUGGUUGUUUCGCUCUUUUGUUCCAACUGCGGGGAGAGCAUCAGGACUCCGCGUGUGCUGGGCGGGAGUCCGGCCGCCAUCGAGGCUUGGCCGUGGCAGGUCAGCUUGCAGUACAGGAAGGAGCACAUCUGCGGGGGCAGCAUCAUCGACCCCAGCUGGAUCCUAACGGCAGCGCACUGCUUCAAGAACAACCCCGUCAUUCAGAGUUGGCACGUGAAGGCUGGCUCCGACCUCCUCUCGGGCACCGUCACCCUCCCUGUGGAGAAGGUCUUCCUGGCUGAGGUGACACCUGCGUCUCCCAAGGACAAUGACAUUGCCCUGGUGAAGCUGCAGUCUCCCCUGCAUGUCUCAGACAGCAGCAAGCCCAUCUGCCUGCCCUAUUUCGAUGAGGAGCUGGUGCCGGGCACGUCCCUGUGGGUGAUAGGCUGGGGCUACACGCAGGAGCACGGCAAACUGUCGGAGACCCUGCAGCAGGCGGAGGUGGAACUCAUAGAUGCAGAGAGCUGCAACCUGGUCGCCUACCACGGGGAGGUCACCGAGAAGAUGCUAUGUGCCGGCUUGCCCCAAGGCGGGGUGGACACCUGCCAGGGGGACAGCGGCGGGCCCCUGCUGUACUCAGGCAGGCACUGGCAGGUGGUGGGCAUCGUCAGCUGGGGCCAGGGCUGCGGGACCCCCAGCACGCCCGGCGUCUACACCAGCGUCCGUGCCUACCUCAACUGGAUCUACACCGUCUGGAGGUCAGAGCUCUGA